GGGGCGUGCUUCAUAUCUUGCGCGUCAAAAGAGAUAAAGACAGGAACCAAGUAAGAUGGAGAGAAGAAAACCGCAGCAGAAUCUGCAGUAUGCUACAGGUUCUUCCAAGAAUCGACUCAAGUGCAAAGUUUGUGACAAAACCUUCAUGUUUCCAUCGGUACUGAUGCGCCAUAUGCGAAAGCAUAACAGUGAAAAGGCAAACAAAUGCAGGAUUUGUAAAAGAGGAUUUCCGGACAAAUCCAGCCUUUCUAGUCAUAUGCAGUCCCACGAGAGUAGUACUCAGCCUGUAGAAAGUGAUAGUGGUGAGCUGGCAGAAAACUUGCACAUGCAGAACCCUCUGAAGUGGAUCUCGCCUUUAGAAGACAAUGAUCAAUCAUCAGAUGAAGUGGGGUACGAAACAGAGCCACUAAAAAGACCUGAGGAUAUGGCGACAUCAGACCGUACCAGCACAGGCUCAAGUAUGUUGCCCAACCGCAAUCAACCUGUGAUUGAUUUGACUUCAACCUCAGGGGCAAUGGGGAUGGAGAGACCAGGACUCUUCCAACAGGAGUCUGUUAAUAGAAUCCUGAGUCCAACCUUUCGACAGAGAAAGGAGACUCUAAAUACAGGAGAACGUGCUGGGUCUGUGUCAGACACUCAAGCUGUUAAUACUCCAAAGGGCCAUUUCACCCUGUGUACGGAUGGAAGAGCCCUGAAGUGCAACUACUGCUCAUUCAUUUGUCGCCGGACAUGCGGCCGGAUGAUCAAGCACCUACGAGUACACGGAAUACGGUCCAGGAACCAGUGCAAGUCAUGUGGGCUGGGAUUCUUCUCUAGGUCCGAGUUACAGAGCCACCAAAAUGUCUGCAGUCAGUCGUCUCUGGCACCUCGGUGCCCAGAGUGUGGGAAAACCUUCUCCUUCCGCUCCCUUCUGCGCCAGCACAUGAACACCCACGUCAACAAGAAGCUGUUCAAGUGUGGUGAGUGCACUAUGAGUUUCAUGUCAGCUUCGCUGUUCCAACUCCACAUGAGUGAACAACAUCCAAGCCCAGUGGUGAUUGGGGAUGGCAAAAAGCACCAGUGUAGCAUCUGCCCUGAGCACUUUGAGAGCAGAGAAGAUUUGGACAGGCAUCUCAGGGUGCAUGUUGUUGAUAAGCCCUUCCAGUGCACCAUUUGUAGCAAGAGGUUUUCUUCAUCAACUGCUUGGUUCAACCACAUCCGCAUUGUACACAGAGUGAACCCAAGGACAAAUGAAAAAGAUGAGACCUUGCUACAAUCUCACCAGGUAAGACCCACAGCUACAUCUGCCAUUCCUGUUUCAAGCCCGGUGAUGACCAUGCCCAUUGUGGUAUCAGUUAGCAGCCAGAGCAAGGUGAUACAUUCCACUUACACCAAGGCAGUUGAUAAGCCUUCCUUGACCCAUUCCAAGUCAGUUAACGAGCCUUCUGAACUGACAGCUGGGUCACCGGAGAUGAUUGAUGAUACCCUGCAUGCAGGGACAAGUGGACUUGUUUUCAUGAGGAAAGAGUUGAAUCCUGAGGCAACUGAUAGUGACAGCAGUGUUAGGGGGCCCUCUGUGGUUCGCUCUUGGUCUGUCAGUGAUUCAUCUGACCCAAUGGCUUCUACAGAGUCAGCAGGUGUUCAGGUUGGGGACAGCUCCAGAUUCUCUUCGGGCAGUCACCUCCUUUAUCUGAAGAAAGAGGUCACUAAAGAUGAAAUUGUGCAUCCUAGCACCUUGGGCAUCAGUAGAUUGGCAGUUGAACCUGGUAGCACAAAUCAAGGUGAAGAGGGCUUGCCUGCCCACAGGUCCCAUCAGCAGCUUGAGCCAACCUCAACUGCUGCAGACAGAGAGGUCAUGAGUCCUAGAGAGGUAUUUCCAGUCCAUAUUCAACACUGCAAUAGCCAAUUUACAGCCAGGAGCAGUGACAAUCCCCAACGAUUUCUGGAUGUUGGCAAUGUCAUGGGCAGUCCAUCGCCAGAGGGAAGCUAUGGGAAAAGCACAGAUGACAUAACAAAUCCAGAGUCUCCAUGUCGAGCAACAAGCACUAGGAGGUCACUGGAUGUCUCAGACACCAUCCCUGGUUCUCAUCACUGUAACUUCUGUGACAUAGCAUUUGGGGACCCCAUCAUGCACUAUCUACAUAUGGGAUGGCAUGUUACUGGGGAUCCCUGGAAAUGCAAUGGCUGUGGUCAGGAGUGCGGGGGAAAAGUGGACUUUUUCCUCCAUCUCUAUAAAGCUGGACAUAAUUAAUUGUUAUACCUCUGUCUUGAAUACUGGAUUUUCAUUGGCCUAGAACGAUCACAUGUUCAGUUUAUAAAAAGUCAUAGCACACUCCCUGUGACCUGAUAUCCAACAGGGAGUGUGCUAUGACUUUGUGCUUACGGUACGUACGUGUACGCGUAUGCGUACAUACGCGUUUCACACGUAAAGCGCAGCGAAAUUGCAGACUAUCAGCUUUUUGAGCACGCGACAUGCAUGUGAGUUGAUGUUCGAUUGUCAUGAUUGUUGUAUUUACUGCUGUCUGUUUUCGUAACUUUUACAUCAAAAUCCAAAAAAUACAAGACAUAUGUAUAACAAAACAAUUGUUGACUGGUGUGAUGUGGGAUAUGAUGUUUUGAACACCCUCGGGGCGCAUAACACCCUCCCCGCUAUGUGCCCCUCGGGUGUUCAAAACGUCAUAUCCCACAUCACACCAGUCAACAAUUGUUAAAUGUGACUUACACUGUGUUUUAUUUGUAGGCAUGCCUUUGACCCGAUUACUGUGGGUUGGUUGUCACAUGUAAAGUUCUUCAUGAAGCUCUAAGUGAUGAAGGGAUACAUCCAGAAUUCCAGAGUACAUGUAUGUUUACUCUUAAACUUUGUGUAAAUUUAGAACUUCUUGAGUUUCUUGUACUUUAAGAUGACUCAUGAGACAUCAAGACCUGUGUAAGAUCAUGGCCGCUGGUCCUACAAACCUGAAUUCAGCCAAUAACACUGAAGUCUUGGAGUAGAUUUUAGCAGAUUCAGACUUCAGAUACAAAGGGUAAUAUAAUCAGUGAUGGACUCGCCUGGAAAUCAUGAGGUCAUAUGCAAAACAUGAAAGAAAUAAUCCAUUCUAUCGUGAACACCCCCUUCAAUGGCAAAAGCAUUGUGCAAGCUGGGCAGUUGCUUUGUUCAAAAGCAAGCAUUUAACAAUUGUUGACUGCUAUGAUGUGGGAUAUGACGUUUUGAACACCCAAGGGGUGGGCCGAUGUGCCCCUGAGGGUGUUCAAAACGUCAUAUCCCACAUCACAGCCGUCAAUAUUUUUUUGUUGUACCUCUGUCUUGGAUUCUUUGGACUUUGAUGUAAAAUCGAGAAAAACAAACAGCAGUUAACUAAACAGUCAUGACAAUCAAACAUCAAUUCCCAUGCAUGUCCCAUGCUCAAACAGCUGAUUGUCUGCUAGUUCGCUGCUCCCACUCAUGCGUGAAAACAUGGUGAAAAUAGCAUGGGUACCAACGAUACAAGCGUUUCACACCGUAGGUACAUUGUACCGUACGUACCACGUACAAAUUCAUAGCACACUCCCUGUGCCAUGACUUUUUAUGAACUUAACACGUGAUCAUUCUAGGCCAAUGAAAAUACAGUAUUCAAGACAGAGGUAUAACAAAAUAGUUUCUCUAUUAAAGGGGGCCUAAUGAAGGUACAGUGUUCGCUUGCCCGGAUUCUGCUAUAGCACUCAGGUGAUUUAUGUCAACAAAGUGGACAUUUUACUAAUUGGUGGAGGUUUGAUGAAGUGCCAGUAGUUUAUUGAGAUUUCUGGUCCAAAGAGGUGGCGGGGGUUCAAAUGCAUAAUGAUUUUUUUAACGGGGCAAAAUGUAACGGGGGAGGAGUGGGGGUCGGGUGAACAAUGUAGUCAAUGGAAUAAGUUCCCUGCCCCUGAGCACUACUGCCGUGUGCCAUGAGAACAAUAGCAAACAAACUAUUUCUCUCUCACAAACUUGAAAUACUGUAUCCCAACUUCAAAAAUUGUUUUGAAAGGGAGCAGGGAAAUAUGGUUGCUCUAUCUUCCAAAGUGACUUCAUACCCAAACUCAGAGAUGCCACUUUUCAGGUUUUAAACUGAAUUCAGGGUGGUUUUUUUUCCAAAUAAUGUGACACAUUAAAAGUGCUGGAUUUGGUCUGAAACAUCCAGAAACACAUUCUUGAAAGGGGUAAGGGUAGUUUCAGGGAUUUUAUUGAUAUAUUGGUGGCAUCUCUGCAAACUCAAUUCAGUUCAAUUUGUGGAAAACAGUUUGAGACCAUUUAUAUGUAACAAUUUUUUUUAAGGCCUCUUGUAUGUAUUUUUUCCCAAGCAUCUCUGAUUAAGAAUUUUUUAAAUGUAUUUCUAACAGUUGUAUACUGUAUACCUUAUCUACAUGUAUAUAAAUAUUAUGAAAUGUAAAAUAAGUAACAAAGUAGCUUGCCUUAGUACGUUUUGAAUUACUUAUUAACAAAACAGUAUUCUUUAUGUUUUUAAUUGUAUCAUAAAUCAGUAGUUUUUGCAUUUUAACAUCUUUAUACAGUAGAUUUGUUUGUAGACUUUUGUGAUAAAAAAGAUACUGCAUGUAAUUGUCUUAAAAUGCAUGAUAACUUGUUACAUUUAAUAUCCUGAUCAAGAGGUUUAUCAAUGUCAAACCAACCUGCAACUCUUUACGGGGAAGCAUCUCAAGAAAGAUGAAAUUAGUCUUUGUAUUAACCUAACCACUCCAACCCUUCAAAAUCCAACUGCAUGUUGUCAUGGUUGUGUUGGAAUCUAUUGUGAGAGAGUACUGCACUAGUAAACUGAUUAUGCUUUACAUGGGGUCAGGCAUACCACCAUAAUCAGAGUCCAACAGUUUGGGUGUUGAGUUAUCAUGUGGUGUUGGAUUUUGCAAGAGUGAGGAUGGUUUCUAGUAAUAAGGGGAUUGGGGUCAGGAAAUGUACAUGUAUGCAUGUCUCAUGUAUACAUGUAUUAGCUGAUUAUAUACAAAUAAUGAAUGUUUGUCAGUGUAAUGGUAAGAAUAAUUUCAUGAGGUGACAGAUGAAUGUUCCAUUCCACGAGGUGAACACAAAUGUGAAACAUUCAUUAUUUGUUUUAUAUAUAACACCUGAAUAAAUCUUUGUCAUCUGACUUGUUGACUUGUGAACUGGUACUUAAUCAGUGUUCUACUUUUUCAGAUAUGGCAAUAACUGGUGGUUUUCAAUAUCCGAUUUAUUCAAAACUGUACGACAAGUUCAGAACUAGCCAGCAUAUUCAAUUUAUCUCAGUCUAGAACUAUUCCAGAGCUACCAUAUUCAAAUUCGCCUAAUCGUUUGGCAGCAAAUCUUACUUGCUUAUUUGUCUUAGCAGCGUCAGCAUUUUCACAGAGUUCCGAUAUUUUUUCGGAGAGCAAACGGACAUUCUUGCGUAUCGUCUGCCACUUUGACAUUCUGUGAAUCAGAUUUGUGUUACAGCGUCACCAUCGGCAGUAAUGAAACCGUGCAAUGGAAGUUCUAUUCACCGUGUAAUAGAACUUCUAUUUUUGUGGUGUGGCUGCGCCACGCGUUGGGACAAAGAAUUCAAUGACGUGACCAACAAUGCACCAAUCAGAUGACGGGGAUUUAUUCAGGUGUUGUACAAUAUGAAAUAUUUAAUAUUGCAUUAUGUAUAGACCAAUCCGGACACUCUAUCACUUUUAUCACAAAGGCUCCCUUCAAUGGCAAAAGCAUUGUGCAAGUUGUUGUUCAGACACUAAUGGGCCCAACAGUGUGACAUUCGAGAAGACCUAUUGAGUUUCGAUAAUAAAACUAGGAUCUUGGUCUCUCAAUUUUUGCUGUAAACAUUGCAAGCUGUGAACAAAUAUCCUCACCUGCAAAGGAUAUAACUGGUUUUGUAUUUGAGAAAAUACAGUGAAUAUUGUUUUUAGAAGUGUUACGUACGUAACGAAGGAGAGUACAGUUUAGAUAAAGUCACAAAGUAAGCAUAACAUUUAAUGAUCCCCUUAUGUUGUCUGAUUUAAGAAGAUGUACCCUGGAGGAAUGCCAUCAGUCAAAACCUAAAAAACUCAAGAGUCAACGUGAAGAAUAAUGUGAUAUUUUAUAAUAAGGGAAGGAAAUGUGUGUUUGGGAGGUAUUAUAACACUCUGUUUAAGACCGGUUUGAGUCUGGAUGGGUGAUAAUUACCCAAGGCGAAAUAAAUACCUUUUCGGUCCAAAAAUCACAACAAGUCAAAAACUAGACGUUGCCAACCAUUUUGUUCAACAAUU